AUGACGACGGCAGUACACCGUUCUCGUUGGAUUAUAUUCAUUUUAGGAUUAUGUACUAUUCAGAGCAAUGGACAUUACCUAGAUCAGUUUUAUUGCGGCCAGGAUAACUGCUACGAGCUGCUGGGAGUGACGCGGGAAAGUACCAAGCAAGAAAUUGCCAAAAACUAUCGCCAGCUAGCACGGAAGUACCACCCGGAUGUACAUCAUGGAGUUGAGCAGAAGCAGGUUGCCGAGGAAUUGUUUAAGAAAAUAGCCACGGCGUACGAAGUGCUGAAGGAUGAAGAAUCCCGCAACGACUACAACUACAUGCUGGACAACCCGCAGGAGUACUACUCGCAUUUCUACCGAUAUUAUCGUAGGAAAACAAAGAUCGACGUGAGGCUGGUGGUUGUGGUGACUAUCAGCAUCAUUUCCUGCAUACAAUACAUAUCCCGGUGGCAACGGUACGACACGGCAAUCAAAUACUUCAUGUCUCUACCGAAGUAUCGUAACAAAGCUCUGGAAAUGAUAAACCAAUCGCAAAGUAACGGCUCUACCAGCGGUGGAAAACGCAUUAAACUGUCUAAGGCUGAGCAAAAGAAGGAGCACGACGAGCAAAUUCGCAAGGUGAUCGAAAACAACAUGGACAUUCAAGGAGCUUACGCAAAGCCAGAAAUUAAGGACAUUCUGUGGAUACAACUGUUUCUCCUACCAUACACUAUCGGUCGCUAUUGCUGUUGGGCGGGGCGAUGGAUCUGGAAGUUCACCAUUCUAAAGCAGCCCUACGGCCGUGAAGAGCAGUUAUACAUCAUUAGGAGGAACAUGAAGCUGACUUCGGUACAAUUUGAUGCAAUCGAAACGGAAACUGUGGACAUGUUUUUGAAACAGGAGCUAUGGAUAACAUCCAACUUUGAGCGAUGGAAAACUGAGCAGGAAAAUGAAAAGAAAAAACAGAUGGCAGACAAUCCCCGUUACAAAGCUUAUCGUAGAUAUAUGAAGAACCAUGGGCCAGGGCGACUGACUUUUGAGGAAUGAUGAAUUAUUAAUCCGUUUUUCACUUGUUCUGUUUGGACAAGUCGUGAACUUAUUUAUUGAGUUAGCGCGCAAACGUGUUGAAGGAGAAAUAAAGUGUGAAUUAUUUUCUUUCCGGGAGAUCGAACUCUUUCGAGUAACAUUCAA